CAAUAUGGCGACUUCAAGAAGACCGGAAAAGCCCUCCUUGAUCCCCAAUAGCUCGAUUCCUUCUUCUUCGCCCGCAUUUGCAACACCUAAACACCCUAUCCACCCCCGCCGAACAGCUCCCAUUCGUGCGCCGCCUGCUCUGAAACCCCCAGUCAGAUCUACAGUUCUCCCCAUAAACUUGCCAGUAGCCACACUUCGUCCUCUCGCAUUCAGAACGUUCACAAAAAAACACAACAUAACUCUUACUUCGUCCGCGCUUGCUGCACUAGCCGAAUUCAUUGGGAAGCACUGCGGCUCUGGAUGGAGAGAAGAAGGAUUGGCAGAGAAAGUGUUGGAGGAGGUGGCUAAGACAUGGAAAAAGAGCACGGGUCAGGUAAUCGUGGAGGGAGAUGGGGACACGUUAAAGGGAAUCCUGAAGAAUUUAGAGGGUUCGAUGAGCGGGGGGAGAGUAGUCGCUGGCUCCAGCCUGGGGAGACAGAGCAGUUUCACAUUCGGGCAGGACACAGACGGUCAGGAAGGUUCAAUACCAGAAGGAAGGCCAGGUCUGGACAGCAAUACGAGUUUUGGCCUGUCAAACUUGGGCGUUGAAGAUAAAGACGAAGAGGAAGAGUUGUUGAAAGAUCCUCGAGAGUGGAUCAAAGUUGUGGGGGCUUUCGAUCAGCCAAAACUGGUUUACAAUGUCUCGCAAAGGCAUUUCGAUAAAUCCGCCACCAAACCCUCUCUUUUCCCAAACCCUUCACACAAGACCGACCUGUUUCGUCAACGAUAUCACAUUGUGCAUCAGCGAAUUCUCCGAAAUGAAACAUUCCAGACCCCAACUUUCUCCGCCACACGUUCUGCAACGCUCAAUCGGACAGGUUCUGUCGCCAUUUCUCAAACGAACACAAUCACUCCGGUCUCAAAUCUGUUAGGUCGAAGUGGAAGCACCCAUCUCCUGCUCGGUAUGCUUACAGUAUCACCCACCGGUGCGUUGUCAAUAUCAGAUCUCACCGGGACCAUAGCCCUUGACAUUCAACACGCCCAACCUAUACCUGCCGAUGGAACAUACUUCACCCCAGGUAUGAUAGUGCUGGUUGAAGGCAGUUACGAGGAGGACUACGCAAAUCCCACUUCAGGCUCGUCUGCCGCGUUAGGGGGAAACGGGGGUAUCGGUGGAACAAUAGGUGGCAAGUUCAUCGGUUUCUCUGUCGGACACCCCCCAUGUGAACGACGAUCAACCACGUUAGGUGGUACGGAAGAAACAGACAGGAAUAACUUAAAUGGCCCGGCAUUUGGCUGGACUGAUUUCCUCGGCGUAGGCUCUGAGCGCGCAACCGGGGCACGUAUGAACCGUAUCGCAUCGAAGCUUCUCACCCCUGAGCACUCACACACAGUUGUAAUAGCGUCAGAAAUACACCUCGACCGACCUUCAACGUUCUCGGCGCUGCGUUCUCUACUCAAAACUUAUUCUGACCCCCCAGAAUCGCAACCCACUUAUCCGCUGGCAAUCAUCCUAAUGGGCAACUUCAUCUCCAAAGCCAGUCUCGCGGGCGUCUCUGGUGCCGGUAGCAUUGAAUACAAAGAACAUUUCAACGCUCUUGCUUCCAUGCUUGCCGAAAAACCUUUCCAGAACCUCCUAGCACACACAACGCUUGUCUUUGUACCUGGAGAUAAUGAUUCAUGGCCCAGUGCCUUCUCGUCUGGUGCAUCAACACCCUUACCGAGAAAACAAGUCCCAGAGAUCUUCACGAACCGCGUAUCACGGAUCAUUGCAACAGCGAACAGAGAAGUCUGGGGUGCAGGCGCCACAAAAAAGAAAGGGAAAGAGGGCGAGGUGGUAUGGACCAGUAACCCCAGCAGACUAACAUGGUUCGGAGUCAAGGGCGAGAUGGUUCUCCUGCGCGACGACGUCCUGGGCCGUCUGCAAAGAACAAGCGUGAGAUUCACCAACCCUGAAGAGGAAAAUGACGAUGCUGUGCCCGAUCCGGUUUUGUUGCCCACUGGCGACACCCAAGAAGAUGCUAUGGAUGUCGAUGCUCCAUCCUCGAGACCUCCCCGUCAAAUCCAAGACCCCCAGAUCGAUCAUGAUACCCUAAUUGCGCGUGCACUUACUCGUACAUUACUCUCGCAAUCACAUCUAUCGCCGUUUCCGCUAUCCGUACGGCCGCUACACUGGGACUUCGCACAUGCGCUCAAUCUCUAUCCCCUACCUACAAGUGUCGUAUUAGCAGAUAGCGAGGCACCAGCCUUUGUGGUCAAAUAUUGCGGGUGCACCGUUAUGAACCCAGGGCCUAUUGAUGGGAGUGACGGGAGAGGCAGGCAGGAAGGACGAGCACGGUGGGUGGAAUUCGACGUACGGGAAAAUACUGGAGUUUUGAGGACGGAGGGAUGAUGUGGUAGUUUAUGAACUCUUUUUGUGGCUCUUUUGGCAUGAAUGUUGGUCUUCAGACCUCACUAAUGAUUAUUCGCAUGAAUCAAACUAUUCUUCAACCUCCGACUCAAUACAUGUGUCCAAUUCUCACCACAAUACC